UCGGCGGCAUCAAGCUUCAACCAUCCAAGGAGAGUCAGUUGACUUGUGAGCCCCCCAUGCCGACCACUCUCCCACCUCACCAUCAUCAUCAUCAUCACCACCACCACCACCGCCACCUUUGGCCUCCCGCGCUCACCGGAUGAUAACCGAGUAGCCACCACGUCUCACCUCGUCCCGUCCAUCUGUCAUUCAUUGCAUAGCAUCUUCUGCGAAUACUUCUUGCCUCAUAUAACUCUUGCCGCUUACGUCACGAUGGCCCUCCACAACCCCAACAAUUGGCACUGGGUUAGCAAGAACACCUCCCAGUGGGCGCAGGAGUGGUUCCAGGAGACUCUGACCCAGCUCGAAGCUCAAGAUGGGGAGGUUACAGUCAAGAUCAGCAAGGUGCUCAGCAUGGACGGAGACGUGGAUGUUAGUCAACGUAAAGGAAAGGUCAUCACUAUCUAUGAUGUAAAAUUGGUGCUUGAAUAUUCGGGCUCUGCACCCGAGGCGGAGGAGGUGUCGGGCACGAUCACCAUCCCCGAAGUUGCCCACGAUACCGAGGAAAACGAGUUUGUCUUUGACAUAGACAUCCAUUCCGAGUCUAAGGAGAAGCAGCCCGUUAAAGACCUAAUUCGCUCUAAACUCGUAUCGCAACUGCGGAAGGAGCUCUUGAAGUUAGGCCCGGCUAUGAUUGCCGAGCAUGGCAAAGAUAUCCAGCACGCUGCCGGUUCUAACCCGUCGAGUGGAUUCUCUACACCCAAAAUCCAUGCACCCACUGGUCCAGCGGCGAGGUCCGAGCCUGCAGCGAGCACCCAGAAGAACUCUGGCAGCACUGUUAACACUACAAGUUUGUCCGAGCAAGCGGAGUUCAGGACGACUGCUGCCGAGUUGUACCAGACCUUCACCGACCCGCAAAGACUCGCUGCUUUCACCCGCGCCGUCCCGAAGAGAUUCGACGGCGCCAAGGUCGGCGGAUCGUGGGAAUUGUUUGAUGGAAAUGUUGCUGGCGAAUACAAGGAGCUACAGGAGCCCACCAAGAUUGUCCAGACUUGGCGGUUGAAACAGUGGCCGGCUGGUCACUUUUCGCAACAGACCCUCUAUUUCGACCAGAACGACGUCGAUGGCGUAACAGUCUUACGCGUUGAAUGGAGCGGUGUUCCUAUUGGUCAAGAGGAAGUCACCAAGCGGAACUGGGAUGAAUACUACAUCAGGUCUAUUAAAAAGACAUUCGGGUUUGGAACCAUCCUAUAGACGCACUUUUGUCUAGGCGCCUCGGCGUUAUCAGAUUUACUAAGUAUAUUGAGGAAGGCGCUUUGGAGGGCUGUUUUACCGGCGUUGAAUCUUGCGGGGAAAAGCCUAGACGUCAAUGGAAACAGUAGUUCUCUUAUCGAUGUUGCUAUAGAGACCUUGAAGAUCGUAGAACCCGUAGGAAAUCGUGAAUCACCGUGAGCGCUACAACGCC